AUGAUGGGACCUUUCCUUACAGAUCGCUGGCAACAUCGCUAUAGUUUUGUGAUAUUCGGUGUCGUAUUUGCGAGCAUUGGAUACAUCAUAUUAUUGUGCCAGGGCGCUCUAUCUGGGAGGUUAAAUGUGCAUGUCCGCCACAAGGCAGUGUUCUUCGUGACCGCAGGAUGCUAUAUUGUUCAGCCCGUUGCGAUCAUGUGGAUGGCGAACAACCUCGAUGGGCAUUAUAAGCGCGCUGUUGGCCUUGCCAUUCAAAUCGGAUUGGAGAACAUUGCCGGCAUUAUAACGAGCAACAUCUUCAACAGGGGUGACGCUCCUCCGUACACUGUUGGGUAUGGAGUCUCAUUGGCCAGGAUGGUGUUUUGUGGGAUUAUGAGUAUAAUUCUCGCCGCCGGCCUGUUGAUUGAGAAUUAA